AUGAGCGGACAGGCAGCCAGCUACUACAAUCCCAACCAGGGCUUCGACCCGGCCUACGGUCAAGCCCCCCAGCCAAAUCCCGGCUACCAGCCUCAAUACCAUGGCAACAACAGACCCCCUGAGCCAAAGCCUCCUCAGGAGCCUCCGCCGACGUACAACCAGGCAGUAUACGGCUUCGACGAGGCCUUCAAAAUCGAGAAGCCCAAGUUCAACGACAUUUGGGCCGGUCUUUUGCUCAUCGCCGUCUUCCUAGGCUACGUCGCCGUCUCCGGCGUUUCGCUCUACCACUACUCGAAGAACAAAUCCUUCAACGGCAACGGGAUCUACGACUCAGCCAACUCCUUCUCCCUCGACACAAACACACUGAUUCUACUCAUCUUCGUCCUCUGUGUGGCACUCGCAUUCUCAUGGGGUUACUUUUUGUUAGCGCGGACCUUUCCGAGGUUCUUCAUCUGGGCCACUGGGAUCCUUAAUAUCGUUUUCGCGCUCGCGACGGGAAUAUACUACAUCGUGCGCAAGCAGUAUGGGGGCGGAAUCGUCUUCCUCAUCUUCGGCGUGUUUGCGAUCAUCGCAUUUAUCAGCUGGAUCCCGCGUAUCCCGUUUACGGCGUUCAUGCUAAGGACGAGCAUGGACGUUUCGCGGAAGUACGGCCACAUGUUCCUUGUUAGUGCCCUUGGCGGGAUUAUAUCUGUUGCUUUUGCGGCUUGGUUUUCGGCUACUCUGGUAGCCAUCUACGCUGCCUACGAGCCUGAUGAUACCGGGGUCAACCCCUCAUGCAGGAAUGGCUCCGGCAGCUGUAGCACAGCCCGCGUCAUUGGCCUCGUCGUGUACGUCACCUUUGCCAUGUAUUGGUUCAGCGAGUGGCUCAAGAACACCAUUCACACGACCAUCGCAGGAGUCUACGGGUCGUGGUACUUCUUUGCCAAUUCUCCCCGCGGCAUGCCCGCACACGCAACAAGGGGCGCUCUGAAACGCGCAACAACCUAUUCUUUCGGGAGUAUAUCCUUCGGGAGUCUCAUCGUCGCAAUCAUAAACUGCUUGCGCCAGGCUUGCUCGAUUGCCCAGCGCCACGAAGCGUCCGAGGGCAACCUCCUGGGGAGCAUCGGAUUCUGGAUCCUAGGCUGCUUCAUUUCACUCCUUGACUGGCUGGUAACAUUCUUCAACCGCUAUGCCUACUGUCACAUUGCGCUCUACGGAAAACCUUACAUCCAAUCUGCGAAAGAUACAUGGACUAUGAUGAAGGACCGAGGCAUCGAUGCUCUGGUUGCCGACUGCCUCGUCGGCCCCGUCUUGACCAUGGGCUCGGUGUUCGUGUCUUAUGUGUGUGCCUUGCUAGCGUAUCUGUAUCUGCAAUUUACGCACCCUGCGUACAACGACGGAGGAGACUUUACCGCUGUGAUUAUGGCGUUUUCGUUUGUCAUUGGGUUGCAAAUAUGUCAGAUCAUGCUCACGCCGGUCAGCAGUGGCAUUGAAACGAUCUUUGCAGCCAUGGCUUGGGAUCCGCAGGUAAUGAUGAGCGAGCAUCCUGAUUUGUAUGCCCAAAUGGUACAGCUGUAUCCAAGAGUGCAGGAGGCUAUUCAUGCUUAG